AUGAAGCUUCUGGAGCUUAUGCUGGCACGAGGUCUCUCUCCCAACACUGUUAUACACACUUGCCCUGCGAGUAACGGCUUUGCUGCGGAAUUGAGCUUCUGGCAACAUUUCCCUGUACGUAAAAUGGUUCCUGUUUUGCAUGGCGAAAGCAAAAAGGACUUUGGGGAAAUGAUUGAAAAGGUUUUGGAAUACGAUGCAGACCCCCAUAUGUGGGUUUCGAUGUUUCAGGACUCCGGAGGGGUUUCAACAAGCCGAGAGGUUUUCAUGAAAGUAACCCUUGAGAGAGAGCGACGCACGACUAUCGAGGUGGAUGUCGGAUACGGUGACUGGAAGAUAUCUUCACCUUUCGUUCCACUCGGCAAGGGGGUUUCGCCUCGAGAACUGAUUGAAUUCUUUGAUUUCGACAAUGCGAAGACGAUUCUGCAAUUGCUGGAUGCGAAUGCCGAGGGGCAGGAAAAGAUGUCGGACGUGGACAAAGGUUGCACGCGAUCAGCUGCCCGGAGACCAACAGGCUUGCAUGAAACAGGAUCUGGACGUCCCUGA